GCGGGCGGGUAAUCAAUCUCCCGCCAAAGGUACGCGAACAACCGAGCUGGGCGGCAAGGGGAAACGUAGAGGACGGCGGGGAAAGCAGCUGCUGUAUGUUGUUCCGCUCCCAUCUGGGGCCGAGGGUGUGAAUGCUGGGCGCGCUGCCGGGGCUUUCGUCGACGCCCGCAACGUUGUGCCUCGUGCGGCACGUCGUGACGGAGAGCGGCAAGUGCGCGGCAAGUGCACGGCAAGCGCAUUUGGUUGCGAGCCCGCCUGAUCAUCCCUCUGUGAUCGGAUCGAAUCGAAAUCGAAGCGAGUGUAAUCGCUGCAAUCUACUCCCCCGUGUCUUGCCUGAUACUGGCGCUCUUUCGUGUUCCCUCUAUUGGCUUUUCGCUGGCCGAAUCGAAGGGAUAGUUGACUGGUCGGCGGGUUAGUGGAGAUCCAAAGUGUGCAGGUGACAUCUGGUGACAUCAGAGGAGAAAGCGGUGCAGGGCAGUUCUAGGACUUGGUAGCUAUGGCGGAAACGACAGCGGAAAGUUCAGAGCCUAACAAGACUGCCAGUACUCCGCCAGUAGCAGCCGCAGUGGAGGGUGAGGAGGAUAAGGAGGAAGGAGAAAUCUCCCCAAGGAAGGGAGAGGCUCGCUUGCCAUCGCCGGAAGUUAGCAAGAAGCAUUUGUUGGAACAUGAAUGGACUCUGUGGUUCGACAAUCCCAAUGGACGCCAGAGGCAGACCACGUGGGGAAACUCUCUUCGCUCCGUCUACACUUUCGGAACUGUUGAAGACUUUUGGUGCUUGUUUAACAAUGUUGUUCAACCAAGUCGCCUAAUUCACGGUGCCGACUUCCACUGUUUCAAGAAGGGAAUUGAGCCCAAGUGGGAGGACCCAAAGUGUAGCGGCGGAGGUAGAUGGAACGCCCAAGUGCCAAAGGGAAGACCAACGACGCUGGACACCUACUGGCUUCAUACAUUGUUAGCGAUGAUUGGUGAGCAGUUUAGUGAUGGAGAAGAGGUUUGCGGGUCUGUCGUAAGCGUUCGGGUAAAACAAGAUCGGAUUGCGAUCUGGACGAAGACAGCGUCGAAUGAGGCAGCACAGUUGAGCAUUGGAAGACAGUGGAAGGAGGUCUUGGACUUUGGAGACCAGAUCAAAAUCGGCUAUGUGGCUCAUGAGGAUGCAAAGAAACUUGACAAGCGAGCAAAGGACAGGUACACGGUAUAGCAGUUUUGAUACGGGUGGGUGACUAGCAAGUAUGACUGCAAACCAACCUUGCCUGUGUGCUACGAGGCAGAACUGGCCAGAUAGUUGUUCCUAUCAGGGACAGGGAAGGACGGAAGGCUAUGCGCUGGUUGCAGGUUUGCCUCCCCUUGUGUGAAUGGGGUCAUCAUGUAUGUAUCUCUUUUGCAUGGAAAGCUGCGUCGCUGUGCGAGGGGGAAUUGCUUGGUUAUGGGGCAUAUAAUUAUGAUGUGUUCAGCAGUACGGCAAUGUUCUGUGUGUCAUCUGUCAAUGACAAAGAUGUGCGUAGCCCUCUUGGUGUGCGGCCGAGUUGGCUGGUCCUUGUUUCUCUACCGUGCAUGGCUGAGUGGUGCUCUUUUCAGCCACGCUCGUUUGAAAUGUCAACUAUGGAGGGAACGAGUAUUUUGCAUGUUGAUGCACCAAGGCAGUCCCAGUCCCUUGCUAGUCAUCUGGAGAUUGUUUGAUAUUACUCACAAGCGUACACUAUUAGUUGAAGAGUGAGAGAGAGAGACUUGUGGUGUGGAGUUGAUCAGUGUUGCAAUGGGGACGGUUUGCUUGUUGUUCUCUUUUGGCUGGUGCUGUGGACAGAGCGUCUAGGCAGCCCAGCUUGUUGUCGACUGGUUGAUUAGAUGUCUUGACCUGUAGAGUAGGGCGUAGUGAAGGUGGCGAAGAGAGAGAGAGAGAGAGAGAGAGAGAGAGAGAGAGAGAGAGAGAGAGAGAGAGAGGGGNGAGGUGAGCAGCAGCCCCCACGACCAAGCGGAGGGUCGUGUGCUGUGCACAACUUUUCUUGUUGCCUUCUUCAAGUGGUCGUGUUCCUGUAUUCAGAUUCUUUUGAGAAGUUUAAGGUCAGGUCAUUCAUUUGUCUUUUUGCGGGGUGUUGAAGUGACUCCUUACCGCCCGGUCUUUCGUUGUGCAUGCUGUGAGAUGGUUUCAAGUCCCAGUCUCUUAUGUCCGAAAUGAGAAAAGA